AGAGACCCCUUUGGGAGCCGCACCAUCACCCACCCCACGUACCCUUUUUUCGAAUUCUUAGGAUAAUAUUAGUUUACUGCUGAAGUUUUAUUCAAAAGAGAAAGAGAAAAGAAGCAAAAAUUUUAUUUUAAAAAAAAAAAAACCUUUGCCAGCCCUGUGAGUCUCUUCUAGGCUGUGACUCGCUUCUAGGGUUUGUCUCUGACCUCAGAAAAGAACCAGGAGAUCCCCAAACUCACUAGAGGUAGGCGACCGGUUUCUUUGCUUAAAUCUUUCUUCAAAAAGCAGUUGAAUGAAAUCAAGCAUUUAGUCGUUUAUAAAGAUUGAGUAUGUUUUGGGUAUAUACUCGAAGAGAGCACAAGCAAGAGAUUUUCCCUUUCUUUUAUCUUCUUCUACCUCAGUGACUUGGAUUUCCUCUUUAUCUUCUUAAAAUACAGAGUUUUUUUUAUUGCCCAUGAUCUGUAUCGAAAAAAGUUUGAAUUUUUAGUUUGCCCAUUUCGUAAUACUACUCUGAUGCUCUAAAAGUUUGAAUCUUUAUCCUGCCCGACUCCUCUAAUGGCCUCGGUAACCUUUCAACCCUGAGAAAGUAUGAAUUUUUGGAUUGCCCAUGUCCUCAGAUGACUUGUUUAUGCUCCCGUGACAAGCAAACAGAUGGUAAAUUUAGCUUCCCCCUCCCCUGAAACAACUUGGGUUCUCCCCCAAAUCAAUACCAUCAAUGGAGUUUUGCAAAGAGAUUCACUUCCUUUGCAAACAUCUCAGCCUCCACCAGCUCCAUCCUCAUCCAAUAGCAGUAGAAUUAGCCCAGCAAUCCUCUUCAUCAUAGUAAUCUUAGCUGUCAUCUUCUUUGUUUCUGGUCUCCUCCAUCUUUUAGUCAGAUUCAUAAUAAGAAAAAACCCAUCUUCUUCUUCCCAUUCCAAUCACCACAAUCAAGAAACCACUAACUCAGAUGCCCUCCAAAGACAACUACAGCAGCUCUUCCACCUUCAUGACUCCGGCCUUGAUCAAGCCUUCAUUGAUGCACUCCCCAUCUUCCUCUAUCGAGAGAUUGUCGGUUCAAAAGAGCCCUUUGAUUGCGCUGUCUGCCUCUGUGAGUUCUCCCAAGACGACAAGCUCCGUCUUCUUCCGAUUUGUGGCCAUGCUUUCCAUCUCAAUUGCAUUGAUACUUGGCUUUUGUCGAACUCUACUUGCCCUUUGUGUAGAGGAGCACUAUUUGUACAGGGAGCUGCAAUUGAGAAUCCGAUAUUUGAUUUCGAAGAGGAGCUAAGGUUGGAAGAGGGUCGAAUUGGGGAGGUGGAGGAGAUUGGUAGUGAGAAGAAAGUAGUCCCUGUGAGACUUGGAAAGUUUCGAAACACGGGCAACAAAAAUGAUAAUGUUGGUGCUCUUGACACAAAUACUGAUGGAAAUAAUAUAAUUAGGAGAGAAGAAGGGGAGAGUAGCAGUAGCAAUUUGGAUGCAAGGAGAUGUUACUCAAUGGGAUCUUAUCAGUAUGUUGUUGGAGAUGCUAAUCUUCGAGUGGCAUUGAGUAUUGGAGAUCAAAAUGGUGCCAGAGCAAAGGGCUUUGUGGGGAAUACCAUAGCUAUUGAUAAUGAGGAAGGGAAGAGGAUCGGUGCUAGGAGCAAAGGCGAGAGCUUUUCUGUGUCAAAGAUUUGGUUAUGGGGCAACAAGGGUAAAUUUCCUACUCCCUCUGAUACUUCUCUUGAUGGUCCGUUGCCAUGGAUGAUGGCUAGAAAAAGUGAAGGGAAUACAUGAAGCACGUCUGUUCUUUUACUUUUGGAAAGUAUAUGGUUUUGUUUCAUGGUUUUAAUGGCGGUUAUUUAAAUUUUAUCAAAUUAAAUUCAUACCUUUUACUCUUGUAUUGCCUCUUAUUUGUUUUUAGCUUGCAUUGUCCUUGUGAAUUUCUCAAGCUCUGGUGUGCCUGAUGGAUGAAUGGUAGAUAGAGUCUUUGGAUGAAGAAGAUUUAGAGUCUAAUUAGGGGCUUGUAUGAUAUGUAGUGUUCCUCAACUGCUAAGUUUUCUCAAUUAAUGAUAAGAGUAUGAACAAAGUGCCAUUCUAUUA